AUGGGUAUUGUUCAGCACAGUGAGAGGAAAAUGGAAGGGUGGCUCUAUCUCCUUCGCGCCAAUCGGUUUGGUCAGCAUUACUCGCGUAAGAGGUACUUCGUUCUCAAGGACAAUGUCCUCCGAAGCUUCAAGAUCAAACCCGUCACCGAAUCGGAGGAGCCAAUUAGAAGUGCAAUAAUUGACUCUUGCAUUCGGGUUAAUGAUAAUGGGAGGGAGAGUCUGAACAAAAAGGUGUUCUUCAUUUUCACUAUUUAUAAUGCAACAAAUCAAAGUGAUAAGCUUAAGCUGGGAGCAAGUAGUUCAGAAGAAGCUGCAAAAUGGAUACGUACCUUGCAGGAUUCUGCAAUGAAGGAGUGCCCAUCUCCAACAAAAAAUUUAGUGCCUUGUAUCAGAAGAAGACGUUCAAGUUUGAGAAAUGGAGGCUCAAAAAGCACAGAUUGGAAAUACAUCAACUUGAAUUUUCAAACCUAUUCUGAAACGAUGACGGCUGAUGUUAUUGCCCCUUCAUCAUGGAAGAUUUUUGGUUGUCAGAAUGGACUAAGGAUGUUCAAAGAAACCAAAGAUUCGGAUACUGGAAAUCAGUGGGGUGAUAACUCAGCUAUAAUGGCAGUUGGUGUGGUUGAUGGAACUUCAGAGGCCAUCUUCCACACUCUUAUGACUCUUGAUCCCUCAAGAUCAGAAUGGGACUUUUGCAUUUAUCGAGGCAAUGUGGUUGAUCACAUUGAUGGACAUACAGAUAUUAUUCAUGUGGAACUGUACAAUGAUUGGUUACCAUGGGGAAUGAAACCAAGAGAUUUGUUGUUACGAAGAUACUGGAGGAGGGAGGAUGAUGGAUCAUAUGUGUUAUUAUACCAUUCUGUGUACCAUUCCAAGUGUCCACCAAAGAAAGGCUAUGUCCGAGCUUGCCUUAAAAGUGGAGGAUUUGUAGUGACCCCUGUUCACAAGGGAACGCAAUCAGUUGUGAGACACAUGCUUUCUAUUGAUUGGAAGUUUUGGAAAUUGUAUUUGCGUCCCUCAUCUGGAAGAUCCAUAACCAUUCGUAUGCUUGAACGAAUAGCGGCUCUAAGAGAGUUGUUCAGAACCAAAGGAGAAAAUUACUCCUCUGAACCUCUCAUAAUGACAAAAGAUAUUGGAUUGCCUCUUGGUGUAAAGGAGGAUAUUAAGUCUGAAGUUUCAGAGGAGAAAAGCAAGUAUGAGAAACCUCUUAUUGUACUAGGAGGCGAGGUUGAACCUUCCGGUCGUACAGGUUUAAUAGGAUUGAAUGAUUCUGAUGAGUUCUUUGAUGUUCCUGAACCAACGGAAUAUGAUCACUUCGACAAUCAAUGGCAUCCUGACUUGGCUUCCGAUCAGAUGGGUAUGUCUAUCCCCAGAAUAGCAACAGCUGUUGGUUUGGUAAAGAAAUUACACGACCUUGCAGUUCAGAAAAAGGGGUAUAUGGAUUUGCAAGAUGCUUCCAAGGAGGAAGGUGCAUCAUGUUCUUAUGGAGCCACUCUUCAGGAAGAUUCAAGUUGUGCUUUACCCUGCACCUGGGCUGCUUCUGAUCCAUCUUUGUUUCUGGUUCGCGGAGAAAAUUAUUUACAAGACCAUCAAAAGGUUAAGGCAAACGGCACCUUGACGAAAUUGGUUGGUGCAGAUUGGCUUAGUUCAAACACAAGAGAAGAUCACUUAAGUUGUCGUCCCGGUUCCAUAGUUCAGCAAUAUGCAGCAAAAGGUGGUCAAGAAUUCUUUUUUGUCAUCAACAUACAAAUGCCCGGAACUCCUACAUAUUCCCUUGCACUCUAUUACAUGUUGAAAACUCCUUUGGUAGACAAUCCCUUAUUGCAGAGCUUUGUAGAUGGAGAUGAUGCUUACAGGAACUCUAGAUUUAAGCUGAUACCAUACAUCUCUAAGGGAUCAUGGAUAGUAAAGCAAAGUGUUGGAAAGAAAGCAUGUUUGGUGGGACAAGCACUAGAAGUACUUUAUGUCCGUGGGAAGAACUAUUUAGAGCUUGAUAUCGACGUUGGAUCCUCAACAGUGGCAAGAGGGGUAGCUAGCCUAGUUCUUGGAUACCUGAACAAUUUGGUGGUAGAAAUGGCAUUUUUGAUACAGAGUAACACACAAGAUGAGCUCCCGGAAGCCCUCCUUGGAACAUGUCGACUAAAUCAUAUGGAUGCAUCCAAAGCAUUUCUGGUGAAUUCAUAA